CAGAAGUGCAGCUGCUGGUUUUGUGUCUGGAGAAGCCGUGUCCUUUGCGGUGGAGCCCGCUCUGACUGAAGAUGCCUCCCUGCUGAAAGCUGCGACUCUGGCUGCCGGACGUGCCGGUUCCACCGGAGUCGCCGUGGCGACGUCGUGCCUCGUGUUCACAUCGCUCUUGGAGUGGGUUUUCUUCUCUUUGCCAUGAUGCUCAAACUGCUGACCAGAGCUGGAGUGAGUCUGGCUUGGUUAAUGGAGGUGACUGCUGGGGCCUCAGUGGUGGUGGGAGCUGUCACAUUCGGAGUCGUCGAGGGUGUCCUUCCACCAUGGAUCGUCCUUUUAGCUCACGGCGCUCCAGUUCUCCUUGUGUACUCAUACUCCAACAUCAAUGACAUGUCGACCGCUCUGUUAAUCAUCUUCGCCUCUCUUUACCUCGGUGUGGCUUUUGGAUGCUUGGGUCCUCUAUCUGGACUGUUUUUGCUGCACUGACCAUCUCUUUACUCUGUGCCUUUCGUAGGACUCCUAAAGAGUGGCUAACGCAAACGCCAAACUCUAAGACUGGGUGCAAACUGCUGGAGAGGAUCUUUUUCUGCUCGGUUUUUGUUGGAAUUCUUGGGUUUUUGGUUGGUUUGGGAGCGUGUGAGGUAGGAGAAGGGUCAGAAGCAGAGGUGGGUUUAACACUGCAGUCAGUCCUCUGCGUGGCAUUUGUCUGCAGGGCUGUUGGGAGCUGGACUGGGACCAGUGGCCGUGGUCAGACUGGGACCAAAUAAGACAGGACAUAUUUCAGUGGGAGCUGCUGUUGCAAUAUUUGUGUCUCGUGUCUAGGUGCCAGAAGCUGCACCGGAGGAACACUAGGGGCGGCUACAGCUGCAGGGGUGUCACUUGGUGCUGCCAGUGUUGCAGAGUGUCACACGUCUAAAUCCAGAAAUUCAGCUUCGCUGGUUCUUGGUUGUGUUGUUGCAGGUGCUCUCUUGGUCCUUAAAGGUGUUUCUCUGAAAGCAACACCUUUGAUGACAUCGGAACUCAUCGCAGUGGCAACUGUUGCAGUGGGGGCAUUUGUUCUGGGUGCACCAAAGAGCCCGCUCCACACCAGAGUGAAUCUGCAAGGGGGCCUCCUCACAGGGGAUGGAGCUAAUUAAAAUGAUCGGCAUGGAGACGGUCACCAUGGCAGCAGCACCUAUUGGAGCGGGGGUGCUCGGGGCCGCAGCCUUGGGCACGGCAGCACUGGGAACGCUGGGGACCAUCGGAGUUCUGGUGGCUGUAACACAGGCUCUGGGGGGUGUCCUCAGUGGAAGGAUUGGAAAAUCAGCACCAACAGCCAGCACACACACACACACUGACCUACGCUGGACUUCACAUCCAUCACUUCUGCUGAGCAGGACUUCCGCACAUUUGCUUCCAACAAAGACGUUCAAAAUAAAUCUAGUAUUAUUUGCUGCUUUUUGUUGUGCACUGAAGGGAUUUCUAACAUACGAUUUGUACCUUGUAUUAUUUUGACCACCAGUGUUGAAAUAAAUAUUUUUUUAAUGAAACCCACUGAUGCCUUCUGAGAAAAUAUUUUUGUAAAAUGUUGAAAAUGUUUCAUAUUUAAAGGAUGUUUGCUUUUUAUUUUAUUUUAUUUUAUUUUAUUUUUUGCCUGAAGGACAAAAUGCUUAUUUUUCCUUUUUGUCAACCCUUCGCACAAUUCCCAAGACGUGGCUGCUAGCAGGCUAUUACUCUGAUUUGAUCUCAACAACAGUAACAGAGGAUUUGCUCUGGGAGGGCUGGGCGUGGGAGGAAACGAGAGGUAAACACUGACAUCAGACCACGGAGGAGCGUCGUACCUUUGGUUCUGCAUUACGGAUCUUUGUGCAAUUAAAAGAAAGGAAUAAUUUUUACAUGACAAUGUUUUUCCUCCUGGUUUUAUUGACUUUAAUUGGAUAAAAGCAUCAUUAUUCUGCCAUGGCGACCAACAAGACUUCAAACAGAAGGUGGGGUAUUUGUUUAAAGAGCUUGGAGGUCACUUCAAUGGUAAUUUAAAAACAACAGCUCCAGAUUCAAUCCAAGGUAGGAACUUUUCAGGAUGGAUUUAAAGAAAAUCUGCAAUACUUAAAUUUUUUGGACACUUCACAAAAAUUGGAAUGUGAUUAUCUUCAAGUGUAAGGGGAACUAUCUUCUGAGAUACCAUGACAUGAACCAGUAUGCCUCUGAACCGGGUCCCUACGACAGACACUGAGCCGUCCACAGAGUGCUCCGUGGAGUAUCCCAGCCAGGUUACCGGUGAUGUGGGUCGAAGCCGGGAAGUGGCCGUCCUCCAGUCCGGCUGCUGCCGCUGCCUGCCCCGUGCGGUGCGCCUCACCUUCACGCCCGAAUCGUUGGAGAGGCUCUACCAGAACUAUUUCCGACGCCAGAGAGAGGAGAACCUGCUGGUGUUGGUGGCCUUUGCGGCUCUUUUCAACAGCUUCAUCCUCAUCAUGUGUGCGGUGGUGUACACCGAGCACAAACUGGACAUGGUUGUGGUGGCAGCGAUGGGAUUGGCUGCUGAUGCCGUGCUAUUCCUGCUGUGCUGGUUCCACAAACUCCCUGCAUCACCCGUAGCAAGAGGAGGGGUCCCCUACGUGCUGUGGCUGAUGAUUACUGUCCACGUUUUGUGUUACAUGAGUUUAAACUACAAGAGGUUUCCUGAUGGAAGCGACUCAGUGGGCUGGCAGGCUUUCUUUAGCUUCUCCAGUUUCCUGACUUUACCUCUGAACUUGGUGCCUCUCAUCCUGCUCACAGCCGUGUCCUGUGGGAUCCACACCCUGGUGCUGGGGGUGACGGUGGCUCAAAGGUUUGUGGAUAAUCUGCAAGGGCCCGUGCUGGUGAGACAGCUCCUUGCCAAUGUGAUGCUGUACCUGUGUGCAGCCGCAGUGGGGGUGAUGUCCUUCUACAUGGCUGACAGGAAGUACCGGACAGCGUUUUUGGAGGCUCGUCAGUCGCUGCAGGUGAAGCUGACUCUGGAGGAGCAGAGUACGCAGCAGGAGGAAUUACUGCUGUCCAUUCUCCCAAAGCAUAUUGCUGAUGAGAUGCUGCAGGGCAUGAAGAACCAGGCCAAUCAGAAUGAGGUCCAGCAGCAGCAGCAGUUCAACACCAUGUACAUGUACCGCCAUGAAAAUGUCAGUAUACUGUUUGCAGACAUCGUGGGCUUCACCCAGUUAUCCUCAGCGUGCAGUGCCCAGGAGCUUGUAAAGCUGCUCAACGAACUGUUCGCUCGCUUUGACAAAUUGGCGUCUCAACAUCACCAGCUGAGGAUUAAGAUCCUUGGAGACUGUUACUACUGCAUCUGUGGCUUGCCUGACUUUAGAGAAGACCAUGCUGCUUGUUCCAUAAGAAUGGGCCUCUCCAUGGUAGAAGCAAUAUCGUAUGUGCGGGAAAAGACAAAAACGGAUGUGGACAUGAGAGUGGGCGUCCACACCGGCACUGUCCUUGGAGGAGUGCUCGGACAGAAGCGCUGGCAGUUUGACGUCUGGUCCACUGAUGUCACCGUGGCUAACAAGAUGGAAUCUGGAGGAAUUCCUGGGAGAGUGCACGUCUCUCAGAGCACCAAGGACAGCCUGCAUGGGGAAUUUGAGCUGGAGCCGGGAAACGGUGGAGAGAGGUGUGAGUACCUGCUGGAGAAAGGCAUUGAGACUUAUCUGGUUCUUGCCCCUAAAGAGGGAGAUGAUGGGCUCAGUGGAAAUACACCAGACUCCAUGACUGAAAAAAACUCAAAUCAACUGAUCAACACCACAUCACCCAAAACGAACGCAGCCUCCAACCAGCCUAUGCUGUCUCACCCGAAACAAGAGAGGAAUAAGGUGACGGAAGAACAAGGGAUCAACAAGCGACUGCAGCAGGAGCUUCUGGACAGGGAAUCUCAGCAAAUAAUGAAGGAUCAUCAAAUCAACGCCUUUUCCCUUCGCUUUGUGGACGGAAAGCUAGAGGAGCACUACUCCUCAGAGAAGGAGAAGCGGAGCGGCGCCGCCUUCAGCUGCUGCGUCAUCGUGCUCUUCUUCAUCACAGCAAUGGAGGUGUUUAUAGACCCUCUAUUGUUCGUGAACUAUGUGACCUUUGCAGUUGGACAAGUGUUGUUGCUAAUUCUCACCGUUUGCUCCCUGGCUGCUAUCUUCCCAAGGAUGUUCUCUAAGAGAUUGGUAUCUUUCUCAAUGUGGAUCGAUCGCACUCGGUGGGCAAGAAACACCUGGGCCAUGGCAGCCAUCUUUGUUCUAACCAUGGCUGUUAUAGCUGACAUGUUGACUUGUGUGCCACCAUCCCUUCGGGUUUCCAACAGCAGCUUUGGGCCCAUGUUGGAGUCACUUGGUGACCGAGGUUGUGCAGAAAAUCCUAAAUAUUACAGCUACAUGGCCGUGAUGUCCCUUAUUGCAGUCGCCAUGUUGGUGCAGGUCAGUCACCUGAUCAAAUUAGGCCUCAUGAUCCUGGUCGUCACAGCAACAGGAGCCGUUAACAUCUACAGCUGGCGGGACAUAUAUGAUCUGUAUGACUACAUACAGUUUGCCUCCUUCCGAAUGUCCAUGGUGCCAUCUAAGUAUCUCAUGACAACGAUGGUUAUUGUCAUGAUGAUUGGGUUUUAUUUCUUUGCUCGACAUCUGGAGCGACAGUCCAGGAAGCUGUUCCUGUGGAAGAUCGGAGUGCACGACCAGAAGGAGAGGGUAUUCGAGAUGAGGCGUUGGAAUGAAGCGCUGGUCACCAAUAUGCUGCCAGAACAUGUGGCUAAACACUUCCUGGGCUCUAAAAAGAGAGAUGAGGAGCUGUACAGCCAGUCUUAUAAUGAAAUAGGAGUGAUGUUUGCUUCCAUCCCAAACUUUUCUGAUUUCUACACUGAAGAGAGCAUCAAUAACGGAGGCAUUGAGUGUCUCAGGAUUCUCAAUGAGAUCAUCUCAGACUUUGACAGCUUAUUAGACAGAGAAGAGUUUCGGUGCAUCACUAAGAUCAAGACAAUUGGAAGCACCUACAUGGCUGCAUCCGGACUCACCCCAGAGAGUAACACAAAUGGAUACAGCAGUCAUAAGCCAGAGGACCGGUCUCUGAUAGAACGAUGGCAGCACCUCUCUGAUCUAGCAGACUUUGCCUUGGCCAUGAAAGUGACGCUGGACAACCUCAACAAACAGUCUUUCAAUAACUUCAUGCUGCGCAUCGGUAUGAAUAAAGGAGGUGUUCUAGCUGGAGUGAUUGGAGCUCGUAAACCUCAUUAUGACAUCUGGGGGAACACGGUGAACGUGGCCAGCAGAAUGGAGUCAACUGGGGUGAUGGGGAACAUCCAGGUGGUGGAAGACUGCUACGACAUCCUGAAAGAAUACAGCUUCCGCUUCAUUCGAAGAGGGCCCAUUUUUGUCAAGGGAAAAGGGGAGCUUCUUACUUUUUUCAUGAAAGGGAGAGAUAAACCCGGCUGUAACGGGGGUCCAGGGACCACAGCUCUGCCACACCACGUCCAGGACCAUUGCUGACACUUUUAAUCUGAUUAAAUGAGAUCAGCAUGCUUAUAGACUUCAGCAUAAUAUUGAACAUGCUCCACCUCUCUCCUUCAUGGUUUAUUUUGACGAAUAGUUCAUUAUUCUGUAGUUUAAGGAAACAGACACAGACUGGCUCAGCAUAAUACAGUUCUAUGACCAUCAGCUAUGACUGUUAUAGCCUUAAAGCGACAUUUCAGAUCAGAUUUUAUUUUGAAAAGACGUAAAUAGUUCUAGAAUAUCUCGCAGAACGUCUACAUUUAUAUUAUUAAAUGAAACUUCAUGAAACUGUGUGUUGUAAAACCUGGAGUCUUCAAUUUAAAUUAUUUGCCAAUAUUUGCACCUGGCUUGUAUGUAAUUUCUUUAAUUUCAGAUUUGCAAAAAUAAUCCAUUCUGAAUGUUUUUUCUUACAUUGUUAAUAAUAUUAGCUCUGAUUUUCUAAGGUUUUUAGAUGCCGUGUUUUUUAAUUCUUAAAACAUUUUUGUUUAUUGCUAAAUGUAAGUUAAAUGUUAAUUUCUUAAUGUGCUACAACACUGUAGGAAAAACGUAUCUGGUUAAGUUAACUCACUCGCUGCCAGCGUUUCUCACCAUUUUUACUGUUUUUUAAGAGUCACAGAACGUUGCGCGCUAGCAUGAUGUCGACGCCAAAACAACCAAAACAAAGCGGAGACUCACCUCUUACAUCAGGAAGAAUCCGCGUGUUUCGAGCGUUAUCCGUUCUUUCAUAAUCCGUUGUUGAAUUGUGAUCGGUAGAAGCUUUUCCGGUUCGCGCCUCACUUUUUUUUACAGCAGCGGCCCAAAACGAUCUCCUAACACAUGGAUGUUCUGCUUCCUGAUCACGUGACGUGUGCAGAUUAAGAUCGGCUUUAGAGCUGAGAUGUUUGUUCUCACGGUGUGGGGGCUCGUCCGACGCCCACACAGUAAAAACAUUGGCAGUGAAUGAGUUAAUGAACACUGUUUUUUUUUGUUUUUGUUUUGCCCUGACCAGAUUAAAUGACUGACACAAUGGCUCAAUGUUACGAUUAUCUGUGAGUUGAUUGAUUUGUUGACACAUGCCUGAGCUCCUGCAGUCUUCUAACAUUUCCCCGAAAAUGAACUUGAACUUAAUGUCCUCAGGGACACCAGUCAGGGAAAUAGAGCCUGUUUGCUUUUGUGGAAGCAUGCAGGUAUUUAUUUAAUCAACCUUAUAAUUUCAAGUAUGUUUGCCAAAAAAAAAACGUCCUGUAUAUUUCUGGUUUUUCUUCUUCACAAAUGAAUCUCAUCAAAACAACCCUUUGAUGGUACAGCGCCUUGUCUGGUUGUAAUGCCAUGUUGAAUGCGCUUUAUAAAUAAAAUGGUAUGGUAUGGUAUGGUAUGGUACAUAAUAAAGAUUGUCUUUUAAAUUUCA